AUGGAGAAGCAAACCACCAUCGCCUCUUCUUGUCUCUUCCUUUUAUACAUCGCCACUUUUACAGUGGCAGAAUUUCUUGAAGCUCAUCAUCACCUUCAUCAGCGCAACAGUCAUGGCUCUGUGAAACUUUUCGUCUUCAGGGACUCGUAUGAUUUGGCAAUGUUUACUAAUCUAUUAUUAAGCAGCUUACUUGUGGAUUUGAAGCGUAUACAUGAUUUGGGAGUGCAAAAAAUAGCGGUUACAACAAUAGAGCCCCUAGGAUGUCUUCCCGGCAUAACUUCCUUUCUUUCAUAUCAAAACUGCAAUGAAUUUGCCAAUAUGGCUUCAAUGUUCCACAACUAGAUUCUGCUUCAAAUGGAAGAGUUGAACAAGGAGACAAAUAAUUCUGCAUUUGUCGACUUGGAUCUCUAUAAUGCGUUUAUGUCCGCAUUGAAGCCCCCAAAACAUCAUCAAGGAUAUUCGGCAUUCCAGAUUAACACACUAAAGCCAUGUUGUGUUGGGGUCAGCAAUGAAUACUCAUGCGGAAGUGUGGAUCAGACUGGUGCAAAGAAGUACAUUGUAUGCGAUAACCCUGAUGUUUCUUUCUUUUGGGAUACGGUACACCCUUCACAGAAUGGUUGGCAUGAAGUUUAUGCCGCUAUAAAACCUUCUCUUCAUCAAUUGUAUUCAUUUGGUUGGCAUGAUGUAUAG